GAGGCUUAGAGGAUUACUGACACAGCUGACUGAGAGUCUCCAUCAGCAUCAUCACUCUGUCUUUGUUUCUCUCUCUGUCCAUCAUCUCUGUCUUUGUUUCUUUCUCUGUCCAUCAUCUCUGUCUUUGUUUCUCUCUCUGUCCAUCAUCUCUGUCUUUGGCUAGCUGUCGUCCAGUGAAGUCAGAGGACAUAUAGAAGUUGAUGAUCCAGUAUGGAGAUGUCUGGGUUCUUCACCAACAGCGGAGUUGUGUCUACGCUGACUGAGAGGCUUGGCGAAGAGAACGGCAGAAUUAAACUACCAAGCUUCAUUCAACUUUCCACACUUUAACUACUCCUCUGAACAAGCUGCCCUCCCUCCUCUUGCUGUCCAGGGAAAUAUGUGUCUCCUUUUCCUGGCCCUUCUCGUCAUCCUUCUUGCCUUUUAUUCUCCCCCAUCCCUUUUUCUAUUCGUCGAGUGCUCACGGUUGUGUCCACACCAGUGCAUUUGUUAUGAGCACGCUGACCUAGUGGACUGCCGUGGCCGUGGGUUCGAGCAUGUUCCCAGGGGCCUCCCACACGGCACAUGGCUGCUGGAGCUGGGAGGAAACAAUCUGAGUGACAUUGGCACCCGAUCCUUCAAAGGGCUGUGGUCCCUGAGGGUGCUGGUGCUGUCCAACAGCCAGAUACAAGAAAUACAACCACAGGCAUUUUUCUCUUUGUCCUUCCUGGAGAAGCUGGAUCUUAGUUGGAACCAGUUAACAUCUCUCCCCGUCGACUUCUCGGCCAGUCUGUCUGCUCUCAGAGAGCUGCGACUGGAGCACAACAACUUACUUCAUAUAUCCGGAUACAGCUUGGAGUAUCUGGACAAUAUGGAGAAGCUGGACCUCAGUUAUAACCAGCUGGCGUCGGUUGGCCCCGGCGUGUUCAGGGGCCUCUCCAGGCUUAGACAGCUCUACCUGCACAACAACAGACUGACUGUAGUGCAGCAGGGCAGCCUGGAUAUGCUGCCUGGACUAGAGGUGCUCCAGCUGAGUAACAACAACAUCUCUCUGAUUGACAGUGAUGCUCUGGCUCCUCUCUACAGCCUGGCAGUCCUCGCUCUGGAGGGAAACAACCUGCAUCACCUCAAGUUUAAAACCUUCAUCAGCCUUCACACGACAGCUACACACAUCCAGCUGUCAGGCAACCCGUGGAGCUGUGACUGCGAGCUGCACCGCGUCUUCAGUAAGAUCUUGCACGUUCGCCACCUCCACAUCGACGACUACCGCAACGUGACGUGCCAGGACCCGCCACAGCUGGCCGGGGCUUCGCUGGCCUGGGUGGACAGCCAGCUCUGUAUCGCAGAAACAGCCACCGUACUCGUCAUCACCGUCACUGUGCUGGUCACAGUGGUGGCGGCUUUGGUGAUGGCGGAGAGGAACAGGCAGAGGAACCCUGGAAAGAACUGGGACACUGAGUCACAAGCGCAAACAUAGAGCCCACUGUCCUGAGAACCCUUAUGAUAAACUGUGAGACCGGGAGACAUAACAAUAUGAAGACCCUGUGAGAGUGAACUCGCAGGCUCCUCUAGUGACAAGGAGGCAUGUAGCAUACAAGAUGGCUGCUACAAAUGGACGAUUACUUGAAUGGACAAAUUCCCUUUUUCCUUUGAUAUUCAAACAAGCAAAAGAGUGAACUGUAUGUCUAGAAGACCUGAAGGACACUCUAAGUGUCUGUUUGAGUUUUUGCUCAAGUCACUUUACAGUGUUUCAUACCUUUAAAGUUCUUAUGUGAAGAAUUUUCUUAAUCUUUUUUUUUUUUUUUUUUAGAAAUAUUUAACAAUUCAAGAGAAAAUGAAUCCAGGCUAUGUGUUGUUUUCAGUCUGUUUUGAUACCACCACUUGGAGUUGCCAAAAUCAGAAAUGUUCAAAUCCUACACAUGGGGGCUUUAAUAUACUGUAAAUUUAAUUGUAUUUUUAUGUGCAUGCAGCAUUAUUACAGCUAUUUAGAAAUUAGUUUAGCCAAUCCUCUAAGGCUCAUUCAAUGCUAUUCCAAACAGCACAGAAAGCAACUAGAGGCUUCUAAUCUAAUCUAUUUAUUAUUAGAUUAUUAGUUUACCAAUCCAAACACUAAUGGAUUGGUAAAGACAAUCCAUCAGUAUGCAUGAAAAGGAACAAUUAGAAUGACCAUUUUGUUUUUGUUUUUUUUUUUAUUUAUAUCUCAUUGCACUUUUCCUAUAGAGCAGGUCUAGACCGUACUCUUUAUAAUAUUAUUUACAGAGACCCAACAAUUCCCACCAUGAGCAAG